GUCGCGCGCAUGCGCGGUGCUGCUAUUUCGACUGUCAUGGCGUCCUGCAUGAAAAUGCGUUCCCUGACAAGGGUCACCAACCGGGCAGUGAGUACUUUAGGAGGAAAUCGGCUGAAGGUGUCGGCAGAAGAGGCCACAGUGGCAGAUCAAGAAGUCACAAGGAAAACAUUCACAGAUAUCCAGAGAGAACGACAUAAACAAGCAAAUCUAUCUGUUCUUAUUAGCUGUCCCCCCUAUUUUAAUGAAAACAAGUUUAUGAAAUAUUUAUCUCCGCAUGGGAAAGUAGCCAAUCACUUCUUUUAUGAAAGUUAUGGCAUUCAUGCAGUGGUGGAAUUUGUGGAAAGAGAAAGCAUAGAUUCUCUUCGAGCUGCAACUAGGGUCCCACAUGGAGAUGAUGAGUGUGUUGUUCCAUUUAAAUCUAGACUUCUCACUCUCAAAUCAGAUCGUGCUCUAGAUCGAACAUCCAUUCAGUGCCUCCGACAAUCUGCAGUUCCUAUAAAUGAAUUAAUUCAGAAGUUGUGCAAGGCCCAGGAUAUUAAUGAGCAAGUCUAUACACUCCUAGAAGAAUACCAGCUAACAGAUGAGAAUAUACGCCUUCGGUUCCUUGUGUCGUCUUUGAUAAAGGAUGUUGCUACAGCCUACUUCCCAGAAGCCACAGUAGAUCCCUUUGGCUCAACUGUAAAUUCCUUUGGCAAACUGGGUUGUGAUUUAGACUUGUUUUUGGAUUUGGAUAACAUUGGAAAAAGUAGUACUGGAAAGGCUACGGGUUCUUUUACUUCGGAGUAUCUAAUGAAGCAUGUUCCAUCUGGAAGGGUAGUGACGCAGAGGAUUCUUUCGGUCAUCAGUGAAUGCAUAGAUAAUUUUGGACCUGGAUGUACUGGUGUGCAAAAAAUAUUAAAUGCACGAUGUCCUCUAGUACGAUUUACUCACCAGCCUGCAGGCCUCCAGUGUGAUCUCACAUCAGAUAAUCGAAUUGCGCUGAGGAGUUCAGAGCUUCUUUACAUAUAUGGGAAUUACGAUAAUAGAGUCAGAGCUCUGGUGUUCGCCUUGAGAUGCUGGGCUCGAGUUCAUGGAAUUACAAGUGCCAUUCCGGGGGCCUGGAUAACAAACUUCUCCCUCACCAUGAUGGUCUUGUUUUUCCUGCAGAAGAGAAACCCUCCAGUCAUCCCAACACUGGAUCAACUGAAAAGUCUAGCAGGGAAAGACAAGUUUAUUGUUGAUGGCAAUGAUUGCACGUUUGUUAGCGAUCUGAACAAGAUUCCGCCCUCAAAAAAUUCUGAAUCUAUAGAUGUGCUGCUCUGUGAUUUCCUUGAAUUUUAUGGAAACUUCGAUUUUAUCAAAAAUGGCAUCAAUAUCCGAAAGGGAAAGGAACAGAACAAACCAGAUUCAUCUCCUUUGUACAUCCAGAAUCCUUUUGAACAGACCCUAAACGUUAGCAGAAACGUUAACCAUUCCCAGCUGGAAAGGUUUAUUGCCUUAGCCCGCGAAAGUGCCUGGGUUCUGCAAGAACAGCGGAACACUUCCUCAGAAAGAGACAAGCAGGCCUGGGGUCUAGCUGCAGUAUUUCUUCCUUCAGUGUCUCAGGGUAUUGGGAAGGGCAAGAGAAAGAAGAGGAAAGGGUUUGCAAGUGAGCGGAUUAAAGGUCUUUUGGAAUCUUUGAAGAAUACGGACAAAACUAGGUAGUUACGGAAAGACACUAGCUAAUAGAACAUUGGUCUGUUGUCAUCAAGCCAAGUCCAGAAAAAGGAUUGACUUACAAGAACGUUCUUUGAAACAUUGGUACCUCUUUUAGUCUGUUUCCUGAACAAAAGAUGAAGUUAUCGUCUUAGCCUGGAAAAAUAGGGAACGAAUGGAGUUCAUGUGGAUUGAACUGACAAUAUUAGAAGAAAAAAAAAAGAAACUCCAUAACCUGUAAAAUCUGUAAUAUUUUAUAUUGGAGCCCAGCAGAAUAUUUUUGAAACACAAUAAACAUGUUGGGUGUUUUUUCAUUUCAUUUCCUUUUUUU